AAGACGGCACUAUUCAGACAAAGGAAAUGUACAUAUCUCUCUCCCUUGAACAUCAAAAAUAGAAAUUGUAUCAAUGUUAACAUUUCAAAGACUGCACUGUUCGAUUAAAGGAAAUAUAUUUUCCUUUCUCUAUUGAACCUGAACAUUAACAACAUAAUGCAUUUAUGUCCUGAACAAUUGCGUAUUGGACGCCAUAUUUGUUGUAUUUUCCGUGACUAAAUUAGUCAUAACUUGUGGUAUAUUUUUCGUCAUCAUUGUAAAGUAUUUCAUUAGAAUAUUAUAAAUAUAAAAUACAUUUAUAAUAAUUAGUAAUUUAUAUCUAACGUGUUUUUUUUAAAAAUAAUUGCCAUGAAUACUUUCUUAAGAGGAUCUUCUAAUUCACUCAAGUCCAUAAAUAUAUUAAUAAUGAGAUUAAACAGUGGUCUUGGUAAUUUAGGCAGUGGUGCUGGCAAAGGUGGAGGUGGUGGUGGAUCAAUUCGAGAAGCUGGCGGUUCUAUGGGUCAGCGAGAAGCUGCUAACGAAGAAGAAUAUUUUUAUAAACAGCAAAGAGCCCAGUUGGACGAAAUUAAAAAAGACAUAGAAUUUCGUAAACAAGAAAUAGAGAAGCAUAUCAAAGAAAUCAAUAAGGCAAAAGAGGAAUUAGAUAAAAAUAUGUAAUACAUUUUAUAUUUGAAAUUUUUUCUUUUAAUAUUCAUUAAUUAUAAAUA